GAUGAGGACGAUCGAGACGCUCAAAAUGACAGCCCAAACAGUCACAAACAUGACCCUUGCCGUGCCGCUUGAGGAGCAGUUCCAGUGCUGCAUUUGCCUCGACAUCUACACCGAUCCCACCACCACCGAAUGUGGUCAUAAUUUUUGUCUGGACUGCAUCGAAGGCUACUGGGAUACAAAGAGCAAAUAUGAGUGUCCGCUCUGCAAAGAGACAUUCAGAAAGCGUCCAAAACUCAGGGUCAACCAUGGAUAUGCUGAAAUCAUUAAAAUCUAUGAAAGGUCUCAAGGGAAGGAUGUGGAUGAUGUGUCGCCACCGGGAAGCAGGAAAAAUUCCCUGGCUGAUGAAGUUCCCUGUGACAUCUGCCACGGAGACAAGUCACCAUCGGUCAAGUCGUGCCACACGUGCCAGGCGUCUUAUUGUGAGCUUCACAUCGAACAACACCUGAAUGAUCCAGCACUGCUGAGACACAAGCUGACGGAUCCGGCCACCUUCAUUGCCAGUCGCCUCUGCAGAAAACACAAGAAGCCACUGACAAUGUUCUGCAAGACAGACCAGAAGCUUGUUUGUGUUAAAUGCACAGAGAAGGACCACAAAAACCACAAGAUCAUACCCAUAGAGAAGGAAAGCAAGAGGGUCAAGACUUGUUUGAGGGAGACGAAGGCCGGCAUUAAACAAAUGAUCUAUGCCAGACUGAGAAAACAGGAGGAGAUAAAACAGUCAGUGAAUCUAAGCAAAAUAAUCUCAGACAGGGAGAUACAAAGCAGCGCUCAGGUCUGCCGCAUGCUGAUAACCGCCAUCGAGGUACACCAGGCCGAGGUGGUGGAGGAGCUGGAAGAGAGACAGCAAGAAGCCGAGAGCAGAGCCCUGGAGAUGUUUGAGGAGCUGGAGCAGGAAAUCCACAAGCUGCAGACGAGGGCCAGCGAUCUGCGGGACCUGGAGCAAACUCAGAACUCUGUUCACUUCCUACAGAGUUUCAAGUCUCGAAGUCGACUCCCUCCCACUAGGGAUUGGUCUGAGGUCGUGAUCCACUCAGAGAACUGCAUGGGUACGGUAUCGAGAGCCGUCUCCAAGCUUGUGGACGUCUGCCAGGAUGUGGCGCACAAACUGUCUGCAGAAGAAGCCGACAAGUUGAAUCAAUAUGAAGUCGAUGUUACUCUGGAUCCUGAGACGGCUUCCGGCUGGCUGGUCCUGUCUCCAGACAAAAAGAAGGUGACUGUCAGCAGCCAGAAGAAUAAUGCCCCACUGCCAGACAAUCCUCAGAGGUUCAACGCCUGUGUCUGCGUUUUGGGAAAACAAAGCUUCACAUCUGGAAGACGCUAUUGGGAGGUCCAGGUUGGAGAUAAAACAGACUGGGAUCUGGGCGUGGCCAGAGAGUCCAUCAACACGAAGGGAGCCAUCACAGUGCGUCCUGACAGCGGUUACUGGGCGAUAUGCCGGCGGAAUUGUGCCAAUCUCAGUGCAUGCGCUGGUCCCUCCGUCUCCCUCCACCUCCAGGAAACACCCCAGAAAGUGGGCGUGUUCCUGGACUACGAGGAAGGAUUGGUGUCCUUCUACAACGCAGAAGCAAAGACCCACAUUUACACUUACAGCGGGUGUGACUUUACUGGACCCCUCCGCCCGUACUUUAACCCCGGUGUUCAAGGUGAUGGGAAGAACACCGCCCCAUUGAUUAUCUGUCCUCUUGAGGAAAGAGUCUGGGAAGGACGGGACAUGACCAUUGAGUCAGUCUUGUGAUGUGUCAUGCAAAAUGAUGAUGCUAACUGAGUUUAUAUACUGUAUAUUAUAUUAAUUGUACUUGAGUAUUUGACUACACUGGCCUGCAACAUGCCAAAAUGUAUGAGUUGUUUUUCUUUUUAGUAACACAUGACGCACACGCUAAAAGGUGGCAGCAAGGUUUUCAUUAUUUCUGACAGCAUGAAUUGUUUUUCAUAAUUUUAUCAUUCAAAUGAUACCAGACUCACGUGUUUGUAAAAUAUAAAUGUACAUAAAAUGCUUUACAUAUCGUUGCAUGCACUAUGAUUGUUGUUCUACAUGUAUUCCAUACCGUAAAUGGGCAAUGUAAGAUAAAAAUUGUGAAACUGAAAAUAAAAGUUAUGUUUUGAAAAAUUA